AUGGCCGGUCCAAUGGAACAACAGAUCCAUCGGGAUCCUGCCCUUUUCCUAUGGAUCCUCCUCCCAAUCACAGUAGUAAUGAUCCUGACUGGUAUCCUCCGUCACUACCUCAGCACACUCCUCUCUACAGUGCCAAAGAGGGACCCGCUACCCAAGCUGCGACAGAACCGUCACCUCCAGCACGUACGUAACAUCAUUAUCAACCACGCCCAGAUCAGCCGGUCGGCUUUUACAAGACGGAAAGAAUGGUUUGCAGAUGAGGUCAAGAAAGGGAGCCUAUUGGCUGAAGGACCAGCUGGUAAGGGCCAGGGAAAGCCGAACCCAUUGUCUGAUCCGGCGAUGAUGGAGGGCAUGAUGGGCAUGAUGAAGGGACAGAUGGCUAUGAUGGUGCCGCAGAGUCUGAUUAUGGGCUGGAUCAACGCGUUUUUCAGUGGUUAUGUUAUAAUGAAACUACCCUUCCCACUCACACCACGCUUCAAGGAUAUGCUGCAAGCUGGCGUCGGUACACAGGAUCUGGACGUCAGGUGGGUAUCCUCACUGUCGUGGUACUUCUUGACCUUAUUCGGUCUGCAGCCGGUUUACAACUUCAUUUUGGGAAGCAAUAACGCGGCAUCUCAAGUGGCGCAACAGAUGCAGAUGCAGCAGCAGGGCAACCCAAUGGGUGGCGUGGAGGAUAUGGAGAAGGUGUUCCAGGGUGUGUCUGAGGAUCUGGAAGUCGUAGAGCACUGGUUUGUGCUAGAGGGAGUGGAGGAUAGACUGCUUGCGAGGUUGCAAGGAACUACUGUUUAG